AACUACAUUUCCCAGGCGCCUUGUGCGUCAGAUGUGUGCGUCAUCACGCAGCUUAAGACGUCACACGCGAAUCAGCGUGAGAGCGCUUGUGUAUUGCUGCAGUUGAGUACAGAACCGGGAGUCUCCCCAAAAUGAGCAGUUCAGAGGAAGUUUCGUGGAUUUCUUGGUUUUGUGGUCUACGUGGGAAUGAGUUCUUCUGUGAGGUGGAUGAGGAUUACAUCCAGGAUAAAUUUAACCUGACUGGACUAAACGAGCAGGUUCCUCACUACAGACAAGCCUUGGACAUGAUUCUGGAUCUGGAACCGGGUCAGAACAGAUCAGCAGUUCUUUUAAGGCCCAUUAACUCUGUCUGUGCAAGGGCUUCUUCAUCAUUAGAUGAGGAGCUGGAAGACAAUCCGAAUCAGAGCGAUCUGAUCGAACAGGCGGCUGAGAUGCUGUACGGCCUGAUUCACGCGCGCUACAUCCUCACCAACCGUGGCAUUGCUCAGAUGCUGGAGAAAUAUCAGCAGGGCGACUUUGGCUAUUGCCCACGUGUGUACUGUGAGAACCAGCCUAUGCUGCCAAUUGGGCUGUCUGAUAUCCCAGGUGAAGCCAUGGUGAAGCUCUACUGUCCUAAAUGUAUGGAUGUGUACACGCCGAAGUCGUCCCGUCACCACCACACCGACGGAGCUUAUUUUGGAACCGGAUUCCCUCACAUGCUCUUCAUGGUGCACCCUGAGUACCGGCCAAAAAGGCCUGCCAACCAGUUUGUGCCCAGGCUCUAUGGUUUCAAGAUCCACCCAAUGGCGUACCAGCUGCAGCUGCAGGCAGCCUCCAGCUUCAAGAGCCCUGUCAAAGCCAUACGCUAAAUCACGGAAAGAAGGGAAGGGAGUGUCGGAGAGACGAGGGAGAGAGAGCAUCUGUCUUUACUCCUCCUCGCUCUUCACCAAGAGAUCCGCUUUGUUUAAUCUUAGAUUUGUUUAAGAGAAAUGUUUCAGUAUCAAGAGUGGGAAAUAUAGAAUGCACACACUUUGGAUAAACGUUUACUGUUCUCUCUCACACACACACACACACACACAUGUAGGCAGCAUGGGAUACCAUGCUGUCAUUGGGGUAUUCUUUGUAAAAAAAAAAAAAAAAAAAACGUCCCUUCCUUAAACUUAACUUGUCAACAGAAGUUAUCUAAUUGGUGAUGGAUGAAUCCUGAGUGGUCAUGUGGUCACAAUGGCAGUGCAACUCACUGUUCAUCCAUGUAAAUGUCUGGAACAGGUCGUCAUCCUCCGUACAUCCCUACUACAGAGGCAGAGACUGUUCACUCAUGCCGUUCAAUCAACACUACUGAGUUUUCCUAUUGGCUUAUUUCAUAGAAAUUAAAAUUCUAUUAUAAAUUUCAGCUAACACAACCGUCUCUGCCUCCGUCAGUCCAGUGUGUGCACGGAAGUUCCCUCUGUAUCCACGUUUUCCUGCCGGCGUUCCUUCUGUCAUUAUUUAUUCAAUUGUCCACAUUUUUGAAAAUGUGUUUUAGUUUCCCUUCCCUGUUCUUAACUGUGCAUCUCUGGUUCCUUAGAAAGGCAUGUGACUGCAGGAUCGAGACUAAUCGAAUGCUUUGAUGAAAAUCAUAAUUAUUGUUACUCUCGGUGGCUUUUGUUUUGGUUUUUUAUCUUUUGAUUUAUUUUUUUCCUCCACUUUAGAGCUGUCCAGAGUUCAGAAUUCAAUAAACUUUUUUUCCUACA